AAAGUUCAACUUCAUAAAAAACCCCAAAAGAAACUUAUACCACCGGCGACCUCAACAUAUUUAAAAAAAAAACCACAAACCCUCUCGGAACCUCACCAUACCCCCGACACGUCAUCACCGCCGGCGUCAACAUGUCCGGUCAACCACCAACUCCCCCCACUCACCCAUCCUCCGACAACAACUCCACCACCACCACUUCCGUACACAAUGACGUCACACCAACACCAAAACCUAAACCAAAACCACCGCCUCGUCCUCCCAAAACGACACCGUUUCCGGUCAGAGACGACUGCUGGUCAGAAGACGCAACGUUCACGUUAAUCGAGGCCUGGGGAGAACGGAUCCUGAAACUUAACACCGGCAGUCUCCGUCAGAACCACUGGCAAGAAGUUGCUGACGCCGUUAAUAACCGUCACGGCGCUGUUAAAAAAACUCGCCGGAGUGAUGUGCAGUGUAAGAACCGGAUCGAUACGUUGAAGAAGAAGUAUAAGGUUGAGAAGGCGUUGGUUAUGGAGUUAGGUGCAGGUUGUUACGUUUCCCCGUGGCCGUUUUUUGCACCGCUUGAUUCGGUUAUCGGAUCGGUGGUUAAGCCGUCGGCGAAAACGCCGUCGCAACCGCCGCAACGGAAGCGGAUCGCGGCGGUUAAACCUACACCGACGCCACCGCCUCAACGGAAACGGAUCGCGGCGCUUACAGUUACGCCGGAGGUUGCGGAACUGCCGCUGCCGCCGCCGCCGUCGGCGGUUCCAGUUGGACGUAGAUCGAAACGACCGCCGCCUCCACCGUAUCAACCGGUGAGUGAUAGUUCGUUUUUCCGGCGGAAUUUCUCGGUGAUGGCGGCGGCUGCUGCUGCGGUUGACGGUGCAGAGGAGGAUUCGGAGGCGUCGUUGUCUAGCGGUGGAGAUCGGAAUCAGUAUCGGAAUCGUGAUCGGAGAGGAGUUGACGGGGACAGAGUGAGGCGGUUGCCAGAGGAUGAAGGUGAGGCGAGUGGCGAUGCGUAUUGCGAGCUGGCGGAGGCGAUAGGAAGGUUUGCUGAUGUGUAUAAGAGAGUUGAAGAAACGAAACAGAGGCAGAUGGUUGAACUGGAGAAGCAGAGGAUGGAGUUUACUAAGGAUUUGGAGAUUGAAAGGAUGAAGUUGUUGAUGGAGUCGCAGGUGCAGCUGCGGAAAUUGAAGCGGUCCAAGAGGAAUUCGGAUACAGAUUUGUGCAGAAGUGAUGACUCGGCUAGCAUCAGCUGAGGCUUUCGGAAGAUCGGAUACAUUUAGUUGUUGAUGCACAUAUAUGCAACAAGAUGGUUCAUGGGGUUUAGGUGAGUUGAGCUUAGGGUAGUGUUUAUUUUCUGAAGAAACAGUAUCCGACCCUCCGGUUGGAGCAUGUCUAAGUUAUAUCAAUCUAUUAGGGACGAACGCGCCUAUCGCGAUACUUUAAUCCGGGUCAAUGGCAGGAUUGUGCAUGGUUCUACUUUAAAUUAAAAGGAUGUAACAUGUUUACUUUUUUCUUCUCCUAUUUAGAUUUGUGUCUAA